GUCUCAGAACCGAGGAGCCAUUUGUAGUGUUUAUAAAGGCUGAAUUCACAGCUUAGGAACACAGGAGGGGAUUUUAAUCGGCGUUUAAUUGUUAUUUUAUUAUUUUUUGUUUUUUUUUUCAUCACAGGACCCGCGCACGCGCACACACACACACACACACACACACACACAGUCUGACAGAGGAAGAAGAGGAAAAAUGGGGAAAGACUAUUAUAAAAUCCUGGGCAUUGCGAAAGGAGCGGCUGAGGAGGAUAUUAAGAAGGCUUACAGAAAACAAGCUCUAAAAUGGCACCCGGAUAAAAACAAAGCGAACAACGCGGCGGAGAAAUUCAAGGAGGUCGCUGAAGCUUAUGAGGUCCUGAGCGACCCUAAAAAACGAGAAGUAUACGACCAAUAUGGAGAGGAAGGCCUGAAAGGAGGAGGAGGAGGAGCGUCCGACGGUCAGGGCAGCACCUUCACGUACACGUUUCAUGGCGACCCGCACGCCACCUUCGCCACCUUCUUUGGUGGCAGCAACCCCUUCGAGAUGUUCUUUGGCCGCAAGGUGAAUGGCAGAGAUGAUGAGGACAUGGAAGUGGACACCGGUGACCCCUUUGGCUCCUUCACGAGUUUUAAUCUGAACGGUUUCCCUCGUGAACGGCAGCCCCGGCGUAAGCAGGACCCGGCCAUCUAUCACGAACUGCGUGUGUCACUGGAGGAGGUCUUUCACGGCUGCACCAAGCGCAUGAAGAUCUCGCGCCGUCGCCUGAACCCUGACGGCCGCACCACACGCACCGAGGACAAGAUCCUGUCCAUCGAGAUCAAGCGUGGCUGGAAGGAGGGCACCAAAAUCACAUUCCCACGCGAAGGCGACGAGUCCCCUGGCUGCAUCCCCGCCGACAUCGUCUUCGUCAUCAAGGACAAGCCGCACCCACACUUCAGGAGGGAAGGGUCCAACAUCAUCUACCCUGUUCGCAUCAGUCUGCGCCAGUCGUUGUGCGGUUGCUCGGUUACGGUGUCCACGAUAGACGGGAAAACGUGCAAUAUGAAGAUCACGGAGGUCAUCAAACCGGGGAUGAGGAAGACCAUAGCGGGACAGGGGCUGCCUUUCCCCAAGAACCCUGAGCAAAGAGGAGAUCUCAUAGUGGAGUUUGACGUGAACUUUCCUGAAAGUCUGCCGUCCAACGCCAAGGACGUGCUGAAACGCCACUUACCCGCCUCGUGAAGAGAACGCAGCAGGACUGCGGCGGCGUGAAAUCUCUCCCAACACUCGGACAAAUCGCCCCACAAAUGUGCAAUUUCUCUCUUUUUAUUUUAUAACUAGUUAGCCAGUGUUUUGUUCUUUCUUUUUAUUUUAUUUCUUUUUAAAUCUAUAUGUUGCAUGCCCAAAUAAGGUCAUAAACGUGCAAGUGCAAUCUUCAUUUCUGAAAGUAAACAUCAGAUUUGACUCCUUUACAUGUAGCUUGCAUUGUUUUCAUUCUAAUUUUGUGACUUUAGAGGAAGGUGUGCACUGAUUAUAAUGUACUAUUAUUAUUAUUAUUAUUAUUAUUAUUAUUAUUAUUAUUAUUAUUAUUAUUGAUACUUUCGAAUAUUGAAGUGCAGUUAGGAGCCUGAUUCGUUAUAUACAAAUUAUAUAUAUAUGUAUAUAUAUAUACAUUAUAUAUACAUAUAUAUAAUAUUUAAAACAGAAACAAGUCUGCUGUAUUUUUAAAGAAACUUUUUUUUUUUUUUUUUUUUUUUUUUUUUUGCCAGGAACAGGUUUACAAGCAACAUUUAGCUUCCUGUCUUCGUAGCUAAUGUUAUGUUUAGUUCUUAGUCAGCUAUCAAGCCUAAAUUACAUUUGUGAAUUUUCAAACCCGUGACCCGACAGCCUCGAACCGAAGUGACCCGAGGUUGUGUUGGACUGUGCAGAAAGACGCAGAAAAAUGUAAAUGUGCCGUGAAAAGUGCAAUAUCUAACCAUGCGCUUCAAUCAUGUAGCGGAAAAGUGCAAUUUCUUUUAUUAAAGAAUUUUUUUAAAAA